GGGAGCGGACUGUUAGGUUAGCUAUGCUCUAUAAAAAGAGCCCAAAACCCAUCAUCAUUCGCCAUGAUUGUUCUGCGUUUAGUUCUUGAGAGAAACAAAAAAGAAAGUAGGGCAAAGCAAUCAUGGUGAUGAAAGUUUAUGGAACCGUCUUGUCCACCGCGACAAUGAGGAUCUUCGCCGCCCUCUACGAGAAGGACCUCGAGUUCGAGUUCGUCCCCAUUGACAUGCCGGCCGGCGAGCACAAGAAGGAGCAUUUUCUCGCCCUCAACGUAAGUCUCUAUCCCUUCCCACCACUGCCUUUCGGUCAAGUCCCGGCCUUUGAGGACGGAGAUUUGAAGCUAUUCGAAUCAAGGGCAGUUACUCAGCACAUUGCUCAUGUAUUCGCGGACGAGGGCACUCCGCUCAUCUGUGAGGGCAAAUCCAUGGCGACGGUGGGCGUGUGGAUGGAGGUCGAGGCCCAACAGUUUGAACCCUUGGCGUUGAAGCUGCGGCGGGAGUUCCUGUACAAGCCGAGAUCCGGCGUGGCCACGGACGCUGCUGUAGUCGAGGAGAGCGAGGCCAAGCUCGCCAAGGUCCUUGAUGUCUACGAGGCCCGGCUGAGCCAGUCCAAGUACUUGGGUUGUGACUGUUUCACCCUGGCCGACCUCCACCCACUUCCCACCAUGACCACCCUGAUGGGGACACCGGUGAGGAAGCUGUUCGACGCUCGCCCCAAGCUGAGCGCAUGGCUGGCCGACAUCUCAGCUCGGCCGGCUUGGGCCAAGGUACUUGCCAUGAGGAACCAGCAAUGAAGCGAAGGGUCUAGUUUUAAUUAUCUGGUGUCGGGGGGCAACGACACGAGGCGGUUCUUACCCCCUCUUUUAUGCGAGUUCGUACUUGUACUUUGUUGUUGAUUCUGUCCUUUGGUCAAUGUUGGGAAUCGUCGUCUUCAAUCAUCAAAGUUGAAGAUGAUGAGGUCGGUCUUUUGUCAUCGUCUAUUGCAUGCAAUAAAGAUUAGCUAGAUAAAAGUGUAACGAUUGUUGCGGGUGCUAAUAUUGUUUCUAUUGAUGAGGCCCCAUCCUUUCAUUAUUUCCAUGGGACAGCCUACAGUUUAA